AUGAGCGAAGAAGACCGUCUAAUCCAAGCUGAAGAUGUCCCUGAACAAAAGCAUUAUCGGACCAGGCUUGCAUUAUUAUCGUCUCUUCUUGAAGGAAUUCUCGUAAUUUCUAUGCAGGCUAUCGUCGGGAUCGUAAUUUUACUAUUAUAUGAUGAUGACUGUGAACGGCCAAUCCGUCUAUGGCUUUACGUCCUAUCUGCCGUUUUUCUGUUCCACGUUAUUUUUUUAGUUCUCAUCGAAGCAGUCGCAAAAUCAAUCCAAAAACGCUCUGGGGCUGGGUCAUUUUAUAUCGCUUUAAAUUCUAUGAUACACUCUUUUAUAUUUUUAUGGAUUUUAGUUGGAAUUGUGUGGAUUUUUGAAGACUAUGACGAGUGUAAGGACGAUUUUCCUGAAGGUCAUGCCUUUACACUAUUUGUUGUCUUUUUAUAUAUAGGAAUUUUAGCAGCAAUUAUUCUUGCAUUUUUAUUACUUACUUGUGUAGUCUGUUUUGGGUCGUGGCAGAUCUCAAAAUUUACAAAAGAAAAUAAAGAGCAGUAA